AUGGCACAAAUUGAGAGCUCGAAGAAAACUCAAAAGGCAAUCAGUCCUAGUAGCAUUAGCAGUGGCAACAAUGGCAACAGCAGCAGUGAGAAGGGUGGUAUCAAUAUUGGUGAUCGAAUCCCGAUGACCUUACAAGCACGGAUCGAGGAAAAAUUCUGCAACAAAUAG